UCAAUUUGGAGUAUAUAAGUAAUGUUUUGAAAAGUCACACUAUCUGAAUGUUUAUGUUCUGGUUAUAUCCGCAAUACGGGUAGCACAAUUGGUUGAGUGAUUACCUCAUAUAUUAGAGGUCUAUGGUUCGAUCCAUACUUUUGCAAUUGCUUUUAAACCCAUUUUUUAUUUUUGAAGUAUGUUUUAAUGAAUAGGGCUUGCAAAAUAGUCUAAACGGAUAUGGAACAACUUAGAAACACAGAUUUGUUUGUUUUGUAUUGAAUUUUAUGGCAUUGAAAUGACAUUUAUUGAUUUAAAUUUUAAUUCUUAAACCAUGCUAUUUAAAAAGUAUAUUGUCUUUGCCAAAAUAAGUGCAAAACAUAUUUAAAAAAAGAUCAAAAAGAACAUCUUAAAGAAAAACAAUCAUACCUUCAAUAAUGUGGAAAAUAUAAAUAAGAAAAAAGCAUAGACAAACGCGGUCUAGAUCUUACAACAGUUGGAACAUUUUGAAGUUAUAAACCGGUAGUUUACCCUAUUGCGCUUUAAUGGUCAGUAUAUAGCUAUUUCAUAGAAACAAAUUAAAUUCAAUCAUAUCUUACUGAGUACAUCUCACAAAGUUUACCGUUAAUUCAUUUAUCGAAGAUUAAUAUUUAUAUUGUGUGCAUUGACCGUGUAAUCAGUAUGCAAUUGACAGGUUAAUAUAAACAAUAUAUGAGGAUAGAAAAAGGUUCUGUUGUUAGCUUUAAGAAAAAAAUGUUCAUAAAAGAUUUUUCAAAGAUUGUAAAGAUACCUUUACCUGAGUGCUUACUUAAGGCAAUUAUAUGAUGCUUUUUAUAUAUCAACUGAAGAUAUUUUUGUCAGAUUGUAAAUUUAUUUUUAUAAAAGAAGUUUGUUAAUUAAUUUUAAAUUGAUCCAUCUUAUCACUGAUAUUUUUCAUUCUAAAUAUCUGGUGUGAUUUAUAUAAUGAUUUGGUUCAUGUAGCUUCAUAUUUUAUUUACCACUGAAGUUAUUCACUUGAAACUGCUCUCUUGUAUGUUUGAUCAUAACUCCUAAUAUGUCGCUGUCAGAGACUCCAGCAUAGAUUUUUUACUAAAUUAUUCCUUUUUGAGAAGCUUUAAAUUUUUGGUAAAUGUUUUUACUUGCAGCAUCUAUAAAGGUUGUAACUUCACACAUGCCAGCAGAAUCAGAAUUAAUUGCUGGUCAUUAUCCAAGACCAGUAAAUCAUUUAGUGAUUUUUUUGUGUUAAUAAAAUUCUGAUUAUAGCUUCUGGCAUUUAUACAUAAGAUCAAUGACAGUCAUGUAAUGUGGUUAUUUGUAGAAAUUUCUCAAUCUGUUUCGAGAUUUUAUUGUCCACAGAUCCCAUACUCAAACUUUGAUAUGUAUUCUGAAAUUUUAUUUUUUGUAAAUUAAGAACAUUUUUGCAGGCCAGCUGCAGAGGGAUAGAGAGAUAUAUUUUAAAACAUACAAACAAUAAUUGGGCAGGCUCUUCACACUCUUCAAAGUGUAAAGAAGUUUUCUCUCUAAUGCGGAUAUGAAAAAUGAUUUGCCAUAUCUGAUUUUAUAAGCCUUUCAGUCCAUACUAAGCAGUAUAAUAAUGCAUUAAUUAUAUGCAUUUUAUAAUGUGUCUAAUUGAGAAAGAAUGUAAACAGCGUUGUGUUUUUUCAGCUUUUGAAUGUUAAUAUUGACUAACUUCUAAACAUUAUAUAGGCUAAAGAGACAAUGUUCAGCCAUCUUUAGCUCACAUGACUUUUCGAAAAAAAAAGAAAAGCUCGUGUCCUGACCUUGUUGGUUUUGGUUAGCCUUUUAAUUUUAGGUCCAUUUUCUAAGAAAUUAUGAAAUCUACUUCAAACUUGGUAUACAUGUUUUAUUGUCAUAAAAGGAAGCCAGUUCAAAAGGGCGGAUAAUCCUUGAAUUAUUUCAUGCAAAGUUAACUUAAUGCCUUUUUUAGCUCUGGUCCAUUUUCAAAGAAACUGUCAAAGUGAUUCAUAUAAAACUUGAUAAUUAUACAUGUUCACUUUCAAAAUAUGACACAGUUUUUUUGUGUCGCCUUGAAAAGGCGACUUAAAUGGGUUACAUUUGUCGACCGUGGCGGCGGCGGCCCCUAAAGCUUGUCCGGAGCAUAACUCAAUCACUAUUAGUCAGAUUGACUCCAAACUUGGUAUGCAUGCUUCUUUCAAUGACCCAAAGUGCAGUGCACAAGAAUCGUUACUCUGCGCUUCUUAAUUUUUGAGUUAUUGCCCUUUGUUAAUUUUCAUACUUUAUUUUUGUCCGGGCCAUUUCUCCUAAACUAUAAAAGCUAUGGACUUGAAACUCUAUAGGAUGAUAGAUCUCAUUAAUAAGUGUGCAGUGCACAAGAACCAGCACUCUGCACUUCUUAUUUUUUGAGUUAUUGCCCUUUGUUAAUUUUCAUACUUUAUUUUUGUCCGGGCCAUUUCUCCUUAACUAUAAAAGCUAUGGACUUGAAACUCUAUAGUAUGAUAGAUCUCAUUAAAAGUGUAGUGCACAAGAACCAGCACUCUGCACUUCUUAUUUUUUGAGUUAUUGCCCUUUGUUAAUUUUCAUACUUUAUUUUUGUCUGGGCCAUUUCUCCUAAACUAUAAAAGCUAUGGACUUGAAACUUCAUUGGAAGAUAGAUCAUAUUGAGAUACAGUGCAAUGUUCAAAAUCCGGUACUUAGUACUUGAUGAUUUUUGAGUUAUUGCCCUUUGUUAAUUUUCUUACUUUAUUUUUGUCCAGGCCAUUUCUCCUAAACUAUAAAAGUUUUUGACUUGAAACUUCAUAGGGGGAUAGAUCUUAUUGAGAAGAAAUGCAGUGCAGAGUUCUUGUUAACUUAAUUUUUUCAAUCAAGGUCAAUUUUCAAUCUUCAAACUUGGAAUGCUACAUUUUCAAAGCAUUUCUUAAGGGCAGGUUAACUCAUUAACUUUUUUUUUCUCAGUUAUGCCCCCUUUUUAUUUUGAAUUUCUUAUCAAGGUUUUUGUAAGGUUCAUUUUUCAAAAAGUAUCAGAGAUAUUCACUGUAGAAAUUAAGUACUUGUCCACUAUCAAAUUUGAAAUGAAUUUCUAAGGAGCAGAUAAACAUGAAAGCUAUUUUUUGCUAACUUAUUUUCUCUUAUUUUCUCUUCUUGACCUAGAAUAUUUGCCUUUUUUUCAAAAAUCAUUAAAGGUUAUUAUUUUAAACCUAAAAUAUUUGUUGACUAUCAAAAGCAGGUAGGUUUUCUAAGCAUGUUAGCAGAGUUAAGCCCCCUUUUCUAUGUUGCUUUUAUUUAACUAUUCAGCAUAGCAUGCUAUCUGCAAACAGGUCUUGAAACCUUACCAUGCAUUUCAGUGAGACAAACUACAUUGUAUAUUUAAUCAUAGAAAAAGUGAGAGCCCGAGAAUUUUGAUUUUGUUGAGCAUAUGUAUCAUUUUAGCUUUUCAUAAUGUUAAAUAAUAAGAAUUGCAUUUGUAUGAAGGCAGUAUUAGACUAGCUGCAAAAUUUAAUGCACAAAAAUAAAAUUAAUUAAGCCUAAAAAUGACAUUUAGUGAAUGAUGAAAUAGCCAAUCUUGUACAUAUUAAUUACUGCAAUAGAAAAAUCUUCAAGGAAAUAAAGCUGCCUCUUUUAGUUACUUUUUAGACUGAUUAAGCAAAGCAACAUUGUUUUAAACAUCUUUACCUUUCAUUUCUAUGACAAAAGGUAUGAUGAUCAUAAUGAGCAACCAGAGUCUUACCUGGUAUAGAUUUUCAACAAUGUUUCAGAAUCCAGACAUGGACAUUGGUUGAGGGCAGUCAACUUUUUAUGCCCCCCCCUGGCUUAGAGAAAAUGAAGUGUCCGUUCGCACCGACCAAAAAGGGAAAGGGGGGUCAUCUAAGAUGAUGUAAGGGGUGUCAGAAAAAUAAGCAGGGACAAUGUCCAGGAAAGAUACAAAAAGUUUUAAGGUGCCAAAAAUUAAAAGAGCAGAGAGGAAAGAUAACUUGAGACAGGUUGAUAACACAAGUCGUGACUGUCUAGAAAUUGUGAAUGCAGUAAAAAGAUCGUACCUUGCCAGUGACUAUGAGUCCUCGUGGCAACUAAAGACUGCAUCACUAGUGGAGAAUAGAGAAUUAGAAGCUGUUUACAGGGCUAAGAAGGCAGAUCUGAAAGAGGAAGGUCGCCAUGCAAGAGAUUUGACUGACCAUUUUGCAUUUAUUGUACAGAGAGAUAGUACAAUAGUUCCACAUGUUGUAAAAGAUGGCCUAAAGUGUAAAUUUGUACACCAGAACUCUUUAGGUGACAGUAAGUUGGGUGUAUAUGUAUGUAGGAAUGCUGAUGUACAACUGCGGUAUGCUGAAGGUUGGAAAGUACCUACAUGUACACUGCUGGUAUUUAAGAUUGUACUUGGGAAAUGCAAGCCUCUAGCACAACAGGUAACUGAAGAGAAGAUAGAACCAACACCCAACUAUGAUUGUCAUAUACCACAGGUUCAAGCAAGACCCAGUGAUAAUUUUAGUGUACAGCUUGCUAGAUCACAGAUAUAUCUAUAUGAGUACACAGAUGACUGUGAACCUUCAGUUAGACCUAGGCAAGUUCUACCAUAUGCUGUCCUCACAUAUGAGAAAGCUGAAAAUAUUCCAAGUAGUUCAUUAAGUUCAAAGAUAGAUAGCUACUCCAAACGUCCCACAUAUAUGUCCAGACCCUCGGAAGGUGACACAUCUAAACCAUCUACUGCACAAGUAACUUUGAAUAAACGUGAUCCAAGAUUAAGCCUAGCUAAAGUUAAACCUGAUGAAAGUGAUGGAAGUCUGUGCGUUCCACGUUUAACCUCGGGUCCACCACCUAGAGAACCUUAUACUUCUAUUGCAAAUUCAGUUAGUGACAUUGAUGACCCUAGGUCACAGCUGAGUUUCCUGACCUUACCUACCAAGCCAGCUUUUGACCUUUAUCAACCAUCAUUUGGGCCUGGAUUUGAGGAACAGGAGCAAUCUAGUCAGGAUGAAGAUAUUGAGCCACAAGAACCUUUAACAAGUUUACCGCCAUUGAAAUUACCACGAAUGCCAAGUCCGAACAGUCAGUUAGAUACAAGAUACAUUGAUCCAAGAUUUGGAUAUGUUGAUUCAAAUGUUACUGCUCUUCCAAAUGAUCCUGGGUUUGUUCCAAAUGACCCAAGGUUAAGGACAAAUACCCCUAGUUUUCUUCCAAAUGAUCCAAGGUUAAUGUCAAAUGAUCCUAGAUUGCAGUCGGGACCAUUUGACCCAAGAAGACAACAAAGACCAUUGGAUCCAAGACUUCAGCAACAACUCCCUGAUUUAAGACUGACUGCAGCUGAUCCUAGGCUUCAACAAACCUUUAAUCAAAAACAAAUUACCAUUGAUCCACAACAAGUUAAUAAACCAAAUAAUGAAGAUACAACUAAAACACGCAAGAAACUCAGUUUGAGUGAUUACAAGAAAAAAGUGAAUAUUUCAAAACCUGUUGUUACUAAAGAAUUAGCUGAAUCUACAAAUGAAAUUGAAUCUUUAAAGAAUGAAAGUGAUAUUUCAAGGGAAACAACUACACACACAUUAACUCAAACAUCACAUUGUAGAAAUGUAAUGAAUACUGAAACAGACCCAACAUUAGAAGACCAGGAUUAUAGGUUAAGUCAAGAUAAACCUUUAAGUCCUGUCUCAGUCAAUGGAAAAGAUAGCAGGUUUGCAGAUGACGACUUUGUGGAGGAACCUGACGAUAUGGCAAAAACACUGAAUGAACUUUCAGAUCCUGAUGAUAUAAGUCAGUCACCUAAACUGUUUGAUGAAGACGAUGAUGAACCAGUUGCUAAGCAACCUCCUGCUGAUGACCCUAUGCUAUCAGAAGCAAUGCAGAAGCUAGUUGAACAUUCUGGUAAUGUAACAUUAUUUACUGAAGCUUUAAGAUUGCUGCAGGAAUCGGCUGAAGAAUUUGGAGACCAGCUGACAGAUCCUGAGUUUCUUGUGAAAAAAAUUGCUGAAAAAAUUGAUGAGCUUUCAAAACUUGAGGCUCAGAAAAAAGACAAUGCAGAUCAACUGAAUACAACAGAUAUUGUUGAUGUAAAAGAAAUAGAUUCACCGGAAAUGAUUAAAUCACCUGAUAUAUCAGACGAUUUAAAGAGUGAUGAAAUAACUCCUGUAAAGCACAUUCCUCUUGAAAAUAUUGACAUUGAUGCUAGUAAAUCCCUGGAAUGUGUUGAUAUGGAAAUAAGUGAACCAGAGAGUGAAGAUGAACCAGAAUCUAAACUUGAUUUGGCAAUGCAGAAAACACUAGAAGAAUUAGCUAAGUUAGAGCAGUCUCAACCUAUGAACAUUCCACUGCCAAUAAACAAUGAAGUUAGUUGCAAAGAUCAACCUAUUGUGAGUAAAAAAGAAAGUUCUCCUGCACUAGAUCUUUUAGACAUACCUAUACCAAAGGGCCCACCAGUUCAGUUGAAAAAGGAUGUGCCUAAAAAGUUACAGCAGACAAACUCUGAAAUAAGAAACACAAUGGUAGGAUCAAGGACUAAAGUUGAAAGUGAUGAGGAAGAAGAUCAAAUGAGGCUUUCUCAAAUACUACCCAGUUUACAAGAGAAAAAGAAAGCAACCAUUUCUAUAAAUCUUAAAAUGAACCAAAAAUCUAAAAUGAAGCCAAGGAACGUUACACCUGUAAAUGUCCCAGAUAUUUUUAAAGAUGAUUUAGACCUUAGGAUUAAGGAAAAGAAGAAAAUUGAAGAUUUAGGUUUUGGUCAGGUUGACAAAGAUUUUAGAACAUUUUCUGAUCAACAUAUACAGUCUUUCAAAUCAAUAGAAGAAAAUUUACAGAAAUCUGAAAAGAAUAAGAAAGGAAUAAUUGUGUUCGAUUCUGGUGAAAUUGAUAUUGAUGAUAGAAAAAUAUCCAAACCUGAUAAAAUAAACAAUAUUUCAGAGACAGUAAGUUCAGUUAAAAAAAAUUCCGAAAUAGAAUUUCAUAAUCCAUUUGGAUUAGGAAAAGAAGAUAUUGAUCACCGUAAAAUCAGUGAUCCUGACUCUCUGCAGAAAAAAGAUGUAAAUGAUUUUGGUGACAUAGACUGGAGAAAAGCAUCUGAUGUUGCAGAUAUUGAUAUGCGAUCUGCAGAUACAAGUACUGAAAAUUCACAGAGUAGUAACGUUGGAGAUUAUGAUCUGAGAAGAUCACAUUCUAGAAGUGUGUCCCCUCCUUCUAGAAUUGCAAUUUCUGAUAAAGAAAAGGCUAAAUCCUUUAAACCUCCUAUUAGAAAGUUCGUAGAUCCAUUUGGUUUAGAUGACGAUAUUGAUGAAAGAGUAGUUUCUAGAAGUAAUUCGCCAGUAGUUUCUGAAUCAGGAAAGCAUUUAAGAGCAAAAAGAAUGGGAAUAGAAAGUGUGAAUGAUUCAAACUCAAGUUCUGGUAUCCUAUUUGAUGCCUAUUCUAUUGGUCAGUCUAAAUCUGAAAUAAGCAAUGAGUUUGGUGAUGUAGAUUGGAGACAAGCAGCUGCAGCAGAAAUGGGAGAUGUUGACUUGCGAUUAGUACCUGGAGAAAAGCCUAAUACGACUAGCAAUAUGGACCAAAGACCUGUCACCUCAACCGCAGCUCCAAUUGUAAUACCAAAACAUACAGAUCACAGUAAAGACCCCUUUCAACAAAUGAACCAAAACUUGCAAAAUAUGUUUAAUACAAGUCAAAAUAUUCCGUCAUAUCAGACAUCAGUUUCACCAUAUGAUUCAUAUACUACAAUCAAAUCCAAUAACACUCUGACAUAUGGACAGUACACAACUUCAAAAAAUGACAGGAUAGAUGAAUAUAAGACAAGUAAAGUUAGUAAUGAAUAUCUUCCUAGUUAUACAACAAGUGGUAGUCAGAAUAAAGCUGCUAGUCAAGGUGGAAUUCAUAACAUAAUGCAGAAUCUUGAUUUUUCAAAUUUGAAGAAUAUUCUUGCUACAGUAAAACAGCCUGGUUCUGGUUUAGAAGUUGUUGCUAGUUCACCCAAAGAGCCAGAAGAAAUGGAUAAACCUGCAUUUGUUACUGGUUUAUCAUCUAUGAAUAACAAAUCUGGUUUUACAAGGAAAUAUGGAUCUGCAGCUGAACAAACUUCAUCCCCAGUGAAACAAAGAAGCACAGGUGGAGCAUCUCAGACAAACUAUGACUCUGUAAAAACAGCAAGUAGAAUACCUGGCUUUGAUAUUUCCCCAGAGAAAGAAGGGGCUGAAUUCCAACUGACUACAACUAGUAAAGAAAAGACAGACAGUUCAUUAUUUGAAAAAUCAAAUCAGAAAGACACUCAGUCACCAAAGGUUAAAGAAAAUGAUUCAUUACCAUCCACUCCUAAAAACAUAACAAAGAGAAAAGACAGUGAAGAUGUCAUGACACCUCUGCCUAAUAUAUCUUACCAAGCUGCUAUUUUGGAAUCAAUAGAACAGUCAGCAUUAAAAGUCAGAAAUGAUGACUCAUUUACUUCAGAAAUAGAAGAUUCUCCUUUAAGGCUGUCAAAAAAGCAACGAAGAAAACAUUCUAAGAAUUCCAAAGAAGGCGAUUCUCUAAAAAAGCGGAGAAAAGUUUCUGAUCAGGACAGUUUUGAUAAAGGAGAAGUUAUUCAAGAUAAGGAAAAGAAUAAAAAAUAUGAUGAUAAUUAUGAAGAAGAUGAUGAUGAUGAGGAAGAGUCUGGUUUAGUAAUAGAUUUAGACAUCAUGUCUCCUGUUGUUAAACAUUCAAGCGAUAAGGAUAGUACAACAACAACAACAAGGAUUAUGAUGAAUGUAGACACAAUAGAUCUGACAGACACUAAAGAAUCUGCUGUAGACCUCACAGAGGAGGAGGAACCUGUCCUUGUGAUAGCUGAUGAUGAUGAGGUAGAGGAUAACAAUUCUGAUGAUCUUCAAGCUGAAGAUACACUACAUGCAAAGACUAAAGAUGAAAUGACUGAUAUGCUUGAAAAAAGUAGGAAAAAUAUGGUCAUUAAGUUAAAAGGUGAAACUAAACUUGUCAAUCCCAAGACAGGUAAAGCAUACAAUGAAUGCCCUAAAGGAUCAGCUAUUGAAGUGUUGGGCAAGUCAUCCUCUGCCAAAGACAGUCCCAUUCAGCAGAUUCAUCCAAUACAUGGAAUAGUGCCAAUAAAUCAGGGGAAUUCUUCAACAGCUCAAUCCAGCUCCGAGCAGCCAAAGUUGGUGAAAGGUCAGCCUAUUUAUGCAAUUGGAAAUUCAAACUCUAAUAGUUCUACUGCAAGUGAAAUCAGUACAGGAACUGGAAUAAAUGGUUAUGGACAAAAAAAAGCUUUAGAAUAUAUUCAUCCAAUUACUGGACAAAAAGUGCUAUAUGGUAGAUUAUCACUAGCACAGUCUGGAAUUGUUUCAAUAACUCCCAAAGCAGUCCCAUCCCCACAGCCUGUUCCUCCUCCACAAGCUGUACAUCCACCAGCAAUCCAGCCUCUAGUGCCGGGCCAAAUUCUUGUCUUACCAGGUCAAUGCCCACCAGGAGUAGGGCAAGUGACAGGACCGUCAGGGAUUGCUAGGCUACCAUUCCUACCAACAAAUUUCAAUAAGCAAAGACCAGGUAUAGCUAUUCCAACAACACCAGGUAUUUUUGUGAAACAACAAACAAAAAACCCUCAAAUCGAAGCAAAAUCUUCAACUGAUGUUUUUGAUUGUUUUCGGGAUAAGUUUGAAAAGAGGAAUGUGAAAACUGAAACAACUACCAAUCAGAAUUAUGUCUAUGAAACAACUAGUGAGUCAAAAAUGGCUUAUUCUGUUAAAAUGUUUUUGGAAGACAUUGAAAAUAAAGCGAAAAAAGAGUUAUGUGCACAGGCCAAUAGCAGAUCUAUAAAUAAGGUUGUAAAAGGUGAAUCCGUUGUGAAAAAAUCAGUUGAUAAUGCACCAAAAAGUCAGAGCACUGACAUAAACAGUAAGAAAAGAUCUGGUGAUGAAGAGAGUAAUAUACUUGUAGUUCCAGUGAAGAAAACUAAAAGUGAAUUUGAUCCCAAACCUAAAUCACAAAGUGAUUUUGGAUCAAAAAUUCUCGAAAGUUUAACAGAAGUGAAAAAUAAAUUAAAGAGUCCAGAAAAAAUGCCUCAAAGCCCAGAGAAACCUAGGACAAUACCAAAAUUUGAAAUGAAAACAGAAGUUAAGGUUCAAAAAGAUGAAGUUAAGAAGGAUAUUACAGAGUCUGGAGCAUCUUCUGAAUUAGAAGAUGGAGAAAUUUCAGAAGAUUCUGAAUCCGAAGAAACUAAACCACAAAAACAAGAUAUGAAAAAAGGUGCUAGUAUACCUGUGCUAGGGUCCAAACCUGGUCAGUUUAAUAGAAUACCUACUAUAGGUGCUUGGCAACAAGGCCCAACAAACAUGGGUACAUGUAUGAUCAUAGCAAACAACUCGCCGCCCAGACAGAUCACAACAAUUGGAUCAAAUAAACCAGUUGUAAGUGCAUUUACAAUUGGUGCAGAUUGGGCUGACAUAAUACAGAAUCCAGAAACAAGAACUGUUGAAAGAGUGAAAGCCACAAAAAUAGAAUCUCCUUCAUUACGCAACAUUUCUGAGGAGUGUAGGGAUGACACUGCUAGUCUUGUGUCGAAAUCUGCAGCUUCAAUAUCGAGGAGUAGGCAGAAAAACAAGGCCCAAUCUCAAGUUAAAACACUAGGUGAAUGGCUUAAACUAGAACUAGAGAUAGACAAUAUUGAGCCUUUACAAAAUAUAAUACCGUAUGCCUUAGAUACAGAUCUUACUAAAAUUCCAAAGCAAAGAAAACGAAGGAUAAGAAUGAAAGUUAAGAAUGCAAUUGAGCAAGAAGGAACAAAAGCAAACAGUUUUGAGAGGCAAGAUACAGUGACAGUUGAAGUAUUAUUGAAUGAUCAACCAGCAGCGAAGUCAGCAGGUGCAAAAUUAUAUUAUUCUCCUGAAGUUUCAAAUGAACAAACUGAGCGUGAAUUGAAAAUGGUAGGGUCAUCACUGAAUCUUCUGAGAGAAAAGGUUAAACAACAAACAGCUGCAGGUGGAUUUGGGAACUGUUUCCAAUCAGGUGGUCAGUUUUUACCAAGGUCUAUUACAGGUUCAGUAGAGGAUAAGAAAAUGAUUGUUGCUAUGACAUUAGUGGAGAGUGAGAUGAGAACUCAUCUAGGAAGGACAUGUUUCUAUGGUUAUCCACAUAGACGAGUGCCUGAUGAGCUGUUGCUGAGUUCUGAGAUAGGUGGCUUUAAAUCAGAAGCAGAAGAAGUGUUUCUUAUUUUAAUGAUGCCACUCUCUGCCAAACCAUAUAAUAAACUUUUAAAUCUGAAGAACGAUCUUUGUGGCUCAUAUGAAAAAAGAAAAUGUACCCAAAAUCAAACUGAGAUAUCAAAAAUAGAUGAAGAAAUUAGACACUUUCAUAAUCAGAGACAAGCCUUGUUACGUGGUUUUACAGGUUAUCUAAAUAAAAAGCGUAUACAAAAGUUACAAGAGACUGUGGACAAGUAUACUUUGGUGUAUGACUACUUCAGAUCUAAAACUCCAGCUGUACCAGAUACUAUGCUUAGGUUUAUAAGGACCACACAGAUGGAUUUACGCCAACAUCUGAUUCUUGCCAAACAGUAUUUAGCCUUGGAAGCACAAAAGAUGCAAUGACAGAAACAGAUGUUUCCUGCUUAUAGAUUUUAGUCAGGAUUAUGGCGAUUGAUUAUUUCAUUAAAAUAUAUUUUAUCAACUAAUUCACAAAGAUCCAAGUUAUUCAAAAUAUUUACUUUUUAUGGUGCAGGGUGAAACAAUGUACUAACUCUGUCAGCCAAUAGUAUAAAGCCAGGUCAGAGUCCACAGAUCUACAGGCUGGCCUGGCUCUAUACUGGUGGCAAAGGCUUUCUUUCUACCUGUACACAUGUAUUUGGGAACUUAAUAUUCCAAAGGCAUCCUGCUUUAAUAAAUUGUUCAUUGUUGUUAAUAUUUCACUUUUGGCUCAAAUUUCUUACUUGUGACUUAUACAAAUAGUUCUUUAUAUGUGAUUAUAUUUUUGUUUGUAUCAAUUUACUACAAAUGAAUUGAGCUGGCAUUUCUUUUAUGUUUUUUUGUUUGUUUUUUUUUUGCUAAAUAUUUUGUUAGAACAGCAUUUUUAGCUUGACUUUUUGAAGAAUAGGGAGAGCUACUAAUAGUCUCACACCUGUGCUGCCAGGCGCACUUUGCUUAAGUUUUUGUGUGAAUUAAUGUUGGUAUCUCAAAAACUACUAAAGGGAAUGGGUGAAAACUUCACACUUGUGGUCUAUGAAUGACAAAGGAGUAUCUUUUUACAUAGUUAUGCCCCUUUCCUUAUUGUCAAAAACUGACAAUAGUGGAGCUUUUGGUCAGCACUUGUUAAGCUUAUAUUUCAAAAGGAUACAGUAAAGUACUAUUAUUUACAACCAUUUAGUAUUUGUAAUUUAAUUUCACCAGUGCUAUGAAUGGUAAUAUUUUGCCAUAUUUUUUUUCAUCCAUUAAUAAUUAUGAACCCUUAAUCUGCUGAAUUUGUGUACUAGUUUUGCCCAGUUGAAAAUUCAAAAAAGGCUACUCAAAGUUUAAGGGAUUUCAAUAUAACUGAUACAAGUACAAAAAUUAAGCGACCAACAGUAAAAAGUCUGGUCAGACUAUACAGAAGUGCACACUGCCCUGAUUCUAUACUGGUUUCAAAGGUUAAUUACAUUUGAUUCUAGCAGGUAAAGGUUAAUACCUGCAUCAGAAUUGGAUUCAAGCAGGUAUGGGUUGACAUGCCUGUAUCAGAAUUGGAUUCUAGCAGGUGCAGGUUAACAUGCCUGCAUCAGAAUUGGAUUCUAGCGGGUAUGGGUUAACAUGCCUGCAUCAGAAUUGGAUACUAGCAGGUAGGGGUUAACAUGCCUGCAUCAGAAUUGGAUUCUAGCAGGUAUGGGUUAACAUGCCUGUAUCAGAAUUGGAUUCUAGCAGGUGCGGCUAACAUGCCUGCAUCAGAAUUGGAUUCUAGCGGGUAUAUGUUAACAUGCCUGCAUCAGAAUUGAAUUCUAGCGGGUAUGGGUUAAUAUGCCUGCAUCAGAAUUGGAUUGUAGCGGGUAUGGGUUAACAUGCCUGCAUCAGAAUUGGAUACUAGCAGGUAGGGGUUAACAUGCCUGCAUCAGAAUUGGAUUCUAGCGGGUAUAGGUUAACAUGCCUGCAUCAGAAUUGGAUUCUAGCGGUAUGGGUUAACAUGCCUGCAUCAGAAUUGGAUUCUGACAUGCCUGUAUCAGAAUUGGAUUCUAGGAGGUACGGGUUAACGUGCCUGCAUCAGAAUUGAAUUCUAGCGGGUAUUGGUUAACUUGGCUGCAUCAGAAUUGGAUUCUAGCAGGUAUAGGUUAACAUGCCUGCAUCAGAAUUGGAUUCUAGCAGGUAUGGGUUAACAUGCCUGUAUCAGAAUUGGAUUCUAGCAGGUACGUGUUAACAUGCAUGCAUCAGAAUUGGAUUUAAGCAGGUACGGGCUAACAUGCCUGCAUCAGAAUUGGAUUCUAGCAGGUAGGGGUUAACAUGCCUGCAUCAGAAUUGGAUUCUAGCAGGUAGGGGUUAACAUGCAUGCAUCAGAAUUGGAUUUAAGCAGGUAUUGGCUAACAUGCCUGCAUCAGAAUUGGAUUCUAGCAGGUAUGGGCUAACAUGCCUGCAUCAGAAUUGGAUUCUAGCAGGUAGGGGUUAACAUGCAUGCAUCAGAAUUGGAUUUAAGCAGGUAUGGGCUAACAUGCCUGCAUCAGAAUUGGAUUCUAGCAGGUAGGGGUUAACCUGCCUACAUCUGAGAAUUGGAUUCUAGCAGGUACAGGUUAACAUAGUGAUUCACACAUAUUUCAUCUUUAAAUUGCUGCUGGCAGCAAAAUGUAUUCUCAUGUCAUACUUGAUGCAGUUUUUUUGUUUUUCCAAAUCAUCAAUGUAGACAACUUACCAUUGAUGCUUUCGGAAAUGCAUAGUAUUACCGGUAAUGCUAGAUUCUUAUACAUGUAUAUAUUGUUUAUAUGAUAUCAUGUAAAUCAACAAAUUUUACAUAUUAACAUUUUUCUCUUACUUAAUUAAAAGCAAAUUGCAGGUAAAGUUGUUUUUUAUCAAAAAAUAAUAAAAGUCAAUUGUUAAAUGUUAGAAUAGAUCAGUCACCAAAUUAUGUGACUUAACCAGUAAGUGUGGCAUUUUAUUUUUUAGUCUUUUAGUAGCAACUUUAAUGUAAGGGCUAUUGAACUAGUUAUUUUGUAGUUCAGUUGAUCUCAGCUAAUACCAUUUCCUAAUGAAACUUUAUAUGACUUGUUGCAUAUACCACUUUACUAUUCAUGCGAACUGAGUGUGGAACAUUUGCAAGCAUACUUAAGGAUUUUCAUUUCUGCUAUUUUAUUUUAGUGUUUUUCAAAUUGAUUACUUUGAAUUACAAGGGGAAAAAAGCUCAAUUUUUGAGGUUUACUUUGGGGUUUUUUUUUGUU